UACGUGCGCGCGCUUGUGUGUGUGUGUUUGCGCAAGGUCUGACGUCUCCUUGAGCAUGUUAUAAUACAGAUCAGCUGAGAUAUAUAAAAGCGAGAGCUUUUAGUUUCGUGGAUCGGCCUAAAGAGAAAAUCGCGGUUUCUAAACAUCCCAACAUACAGUUCUCCUCCGGUAUGGUCUUCAAGGGUGGUUCUGUGUCUCGGCCCAUGCGCACCCAGAUGCCUAGGCAGCGCUCCUUUCCUCUGCGCUGGCUGACGGUGUUGAUCGCGACUCUUCUCAUCCUGUCCACAAGCGCCACCUGUGCGCAGUGCACCACGGUCGAGCAAGAUCUGCAUAUCGUUCACAACGUCGACAACAGAAGCCCUGAGAUCGACCCGUUCUGGUAUGUGGGUCGCGGCGUGAGACCCAUUGGCCGCUUCGGGAAGCGCGAUAGUGACGCACCCUUGCAGCAAGCGCUCCUACUACUGCUGUUCAGCGCGCUCAGAAACACAGAGAGCGCGCGCAGCGGAGUCUCCUCCCCCAAAACGGACUAUUACUCAGAAGUGCACAAAUCCUAUACUUGAACACCUAUACUAACACCAGAAUUGUUAUUAUUACUAGACGGAAAAACAGCAACUAAUUAUACAUAAAGUAGCUUACUGAAGUACUAGUACUACACUGAACUUUAUUAUCAAAAGCAAAAGGAAACAUUCCAUGCAUAAACAAUCUACAUCACAUAAACGAAUUUAAAGGAAGCAUACAUGAAUAAGUAUGAUGCUGUCUAAAACUACAUAACUAUUUAUGAAAUGUGCAUUAGAUACAUGUCAUUGGGUUACAAGUAUUUAAAAUCGCAAUGAAGGUCAAUUAGUACUACAAAAGGUGGUACUAAAGGGGCUGCACAAUAUCUCUCUAUUAUAGGUUAUAAUUGAUCAUUUUGUCUCCUAAUGCCAUAUUUGAUUGAAUUUAUUUCUCAGUUGCUGUUUUUACUUACAAAUACAUUUAUGUACAUAUGCAUCAAUGCAAUCUAUAUUCUUACUUAAACACCUGGACUGACUUCAUUAUUUGGUUGUUAAAAAUGAACCCUUUAACUGUUUGAAGCAAAGAACCAUUCAGUGUGUAUGUCAGGUAU